CUCUCCUUGUUUUGCUUUCGAUCUGGACUGUUCUCAGGCAAGCCGGGGAGUAACUUUUAGUUUUGCUCCUGCGAUUAUUCAACUGACGGGCUUUCAUUUCCAUUUCACACACCCUAGCAACACGUAAAUCUUGCGGAAUUUUAUUGGUAGCGUGAAAAAGCACACUGAGAGGGUAUCAUGCCUGUGGAAAGGAUGCGAAUGCGCCCAUGGCUGGAGGAACAGAUAAAUUCAAAUACAAUACCAGGGUUAAAGUGGCUUAACAAGGAAAAGAAGAUUUUUCAGAUCCCUUGGAUGCAUGCGGCUAGACAUGGGUGGGAUGUGGAAAAAGAUGCUCCACUCUUUAGAAACUGGGCAAUCCAUACAGGAAAGCAUCAACCAGGAGUAGAUAAACCUGAUCCAAAAACAUGGAAGGCAAAUUUCCGAUGUGCCAUGAACUCCUUGCCUGAUAUUGAAGAAGUCAAGGAUAAAAGCAUAAAGAAGGGAAAUAAUGCCUUCAGAGUGUACCGGAUGUUGCCCUUAUCUGAACGACCUUCAAAGAAAGGAAAGAAACCAAAGACAGAAAAAGAAGACAGAGUUAAGCAAAUCAAGCAAGAACCAGUUGAGUCAUCUUUGGGGCUUAGUAAUGGAGUAAGUGAUCUUUCUCCAGAGUAUGCGGUCCUGACUUCAGCUAUAAAAAAUGAAGUGGAUAGUACGGUGAACAUCAUAGUUGUAGGACAGUCUCAUCUGGAUAGCAACAUUGAGGAUCAAGAGAUUGUCACUAAUCCACCGGACAUUUGCCAAGUUGUGGAGGUGACCACUGAGAGUGAUGAGCAGCCGGUCAGCAUGAGCGAGCUCUACCCUCUGCAGAUAUCCCCUGUGUCUUCCUAUGCAGAAAGUGAAACUACCAAUAGUGUGCCCAGCGAUGAAGAGAGCACCGAGGGGCGGCCCCACUGGAGGAAGAGGAACAUUGAAGGCAAACAGUACCUCAGUAACAUGGGGACACGAAGCACCUACCUGCUGCCCAGCAUGGCGACUUUUGUCACUUCCAACAAGCCUGAUCUUCAGGUUACCAUCAAAGAGGAGAGCUGUCCGGUGCCUUACAACAGCUCCUGGCCCACUUUUGCAGACCUCCCCCUCACUCCCUCUGUGACUGCAGCCCCCAGCAGCAGUCGGCCAGACCGGGAGACUCGGGCCAGCGUCAUCAAGAAAACAUCAGAUAUCACCCAGGCCCGGGUCAAGAGCUGUUAAGCCUUUGAACUCUCCCUGGUGGUUGUUCGGAUUUUUUGGCUUUGUUUUGUUGUUUGUUUGUAUUUUAUUUUUCUCUCUGACCUGUUUUAGACAAAUCUAAGGGAAAAAGCCUUGACAAUAGAACAGUGAUUGCUGUGUCCAACUCCAGUACUGGAGCUUCUUUUUAACUCAGGACUCCAGCCCAUUGGUAAAAACGUCUCUCUAGAGUCUGCUGGACCCCCCAGAGCUGCUUCCUCAAGUUCAAGGACGUCAUAGGACCAACAUUCACAAUUGGCAGCCAAGGCCAGCAUGAUGGAGUGGAUGCCUCAGAAUGGACGAGAAAAUGUGAACUAGCUGGAAAUUUUUUAUUCUUGUGAAUAUGUACAUAGGGCAGUACUAGCAACGAUGCAGUCUGCUUCCGCACCUUAUCUUAAAGCACUUACAAAUAGGCCUUCCUGUGAUCUUGCUCUAUUUCACAGCACAGACUCCCACUGCCCCACCCUCUGCCCGGCCUCCCUUCCUGUCCCUUUGGGUUCUUUCCCUACUUUUCCUUCUCUCAAAGGCUGUGUUCCACAUGCCUGAGGAGGAGGAGAAGAAACUGAACCUCUACACAGAUGUCCCAUUUUAAAACUGCUUAAAAGAAUCUUUCUAAUCUGCUAUGCUUGAAUGCCACGCGGUACAAAGGAAAAAACUAUCAUGGAAAUAUUAUGCAAAUUCCCAGAUUUGAAGAUGAAAAAUUCUCUAAUUCUAACUAGAGCAAGCUUUUUUUAUUUUUUAUACAGGGGAAUAUUUUAUUCAAGGUAAAAUUCUAAAGAAAAUAUAAUUGUUUUUUAUCUUUUCUACAGCAAAUUUAUAAUUUUAAGAUUCCUUUUCUUGUUUAUCAGCAGUUGUUAUGACAUCCUUGUGGCACAUUUUUUUUUUUUUUAACUUUGUAAAGGUGAAAAGCUUUUAUGAGCUCAUGUAGCAAUCAAAUUAUCCUGUGGAUUGAUAAUAAAUGAAUAUGAUAUAUA